AUGGACAGGACGACCGCGGGGGGAGCGUCCUCCUUCCCCUCCUCAGCCGCGCCUCUCCAAGGGCGCCUUUGCCCGGCCCACGCGUGGGGCGAGGAAGGGACAGGCGGAGCCCCACAAGUGCAGCUUUCGCUUUCGCCGCUGCCGGAGAGAGGAAGAGGCGGCGAUGGCGCUGCUGGAUGUUUGCGGACUGUCUUGCGGCGAUUGGGACUCGCCUCUGCCGGGCGGGGUGGCCGCCGCCGGACCCCGCGAAGGGCUCUCGCACUACGCUUUCGGGGUGCGGGAGCCCCAGAUGGCGGUGCUCCCGGGGAUGCAGCCCGCCGAGGUCCUGAAAACCCUCUCGGAGACCAGCGGCUCCCGGUUCGAACCGGUCCACGGCACCACCACCCUGGCCUUCACCUUCCAGCACGGAGUCAUCGUGGCCACCGAUUCCCGGGCCUCCGCCGGCAGCUACAUCAACUGUACUUCCUUCGGAACAAGGAACGGAUCAGCGUUUCAGCUGCCUCCAAGCUCUUGGCCAACAUGCUGGUGGAGUACCGGGGCAUGGGUCUCUCGGUUGGCAGCAUGGUGUGCGGAUGGGACAAGAAGGGCCCUGGUUUGUACUACAUUGAUGACGGAGGUGCUCGGCUGAAAGGCCCCCUUUUUUCCACGGGAAGCGGAAACACAUACGCCUAUGGAGUCCUGGACAGUGGCCACCGGCCCGAUCUGAGCGUGGAGGAGGCCUACGACCUUGGCCGAAGGGCCAUCUGCUAUGCUACCCAUCGCGAUUCCUACUCGGGCGGAGUAGUAAACAUGUAUCACAUGAAGGAAGAUGGCUGGAUCCGGGUCGGGCGGACCGAUGUCAGUGACCUGCUCCACCAGUAUUCGGAGGAGAAGAAGUGAGAUGGGCAGAUGACCACAAGCACGGAGAUCUUCUGACACUCAGGGCUGGCAGAGAGGAAAGGGAUGGGGGGACCAUCCCCACUGUCUUUUCACGGGGCAACAAUAAACCGCAUUUGAGCUCA